AUGCCUCACGCUACUCAGAACCAGGCCCAGGAGGCCCCUGAAGAUGCGGAGUUCGACAAUGUUAUGCGCCAGUUGAACAACUACGAAGGCGGCCCACAGUUUGACUUCCUCACCCGAGAUUUGGAUGUUGGAGAGAAGGCAGAUGACGCGGUCGACUACGAAGACUUUGAGGAUGAUGAACUUCCCGAUGAGGAAGAGCCGGAAGCGACGCAGCGGCCAUCCACGAACGACGCGCACGAUGACCUUUUCGCAGACCUAGGAGCUGACGAUGCUGGGCUCUUUGGACCGAGUGACGACAUCUUUGGAGGGACCGGCGAAGGCGAACAGGCUCAGGACGAUAACCUCGAUGAUUUAUUCGGCGAAGGGCCCUUUUCUCCCCCUCCUGCUGGCCAGGCGGAUGAUACCCGGGACCUCUUUGAAGAUGAAGAACCGUCGUUGACAACGCAGCCCGUCGAGCUACCGCCGAUUCCGCCCGUAAAGGAAGCCCAGGAUCAGCGCAUGACUGAGGAUGUGGACGAGGACGACAUUCUCGAUGAUGCCAGUGUCUUUUCGGAGGAAAUGGACGAAGCGACUCUGCGCGCAUGGAAGCUCCAACAACAGUUGUUUGCGAUGUCCGGGAGGACUGGUCCCGACCAUCUACCAGCGCCACCGGAGAAUCACGAGGAGCUUCUGCACUCCCUGUUCCCCAGCUUUGACCGCAACACCCUCCCUCGUUGGCUAGAGAUCAUCCCACACAAGAAGGCGUUCUACCUUGGAAAACAGCCUCUCAAGGUCCCCAAGCCAGUUCUCCCUACAAAAGUCAACAUCGAACUCGCUCCUGACCAGGAACGCGUGUUCAGAACCGGCCAGUCAAACAAACGCGGUCUGGAUCAUGAGUCUUUGGGUAUUGUUGUUAUCACUGAAGCCGCCCAGGAAGAAGAGGAAGAGGAGGAGAGGGAAGACUUUGACAUGGGUGAUGCUGAUGCGGAUGAAAUACUCCCAGGAGGAUUCACCAUGCAAGACCUCCGCACUAUCUGUGUCGACUGGGAUGUCAAGGAUGAAAUCCUCCCGACGGCAGAGGAGGAGCCUAUCAUUACUGCUCCGGCGCCACAUGAGUCUACCGACCUCUUCGACGAUGAUGCAGAUUGGCUGAUGGAAGAAAAUCCACCUAAAAAGCGCAAGACUGGGCCAACACCCAUCGACGUUAUCGCCCUCUCCCACCUUGACAUUCCUCUUCUAGAUGAGCCGGAACAGGCGGUUGCACAGAUUGCGAAGAGAGUGACUAUUGACAUGAACGACCCCAAUAUCCUUGUGGAAGAGUUGAGGCCGGACGCGGUGCUCCCCAAGCCCAAACAGGCUGGUCCCCGAAAUAGGGAGGAUGUCGACACGAACCUAACUCGCAAGCUCACUUCGCGAUACAACAUCUCGAAUGACCAGGCAUACGAGAUGCUCAAGCAAAAUCACCAGAACAAGAUUCGGAGUACUCUUGGAAAUGUUACUCUCGAACAUGCUCUGCCAGCCUUGCGCUUGCAGUGGCCCUACUACAAGACUGAGCUACAAAAAGCAGAAGCUCGAUCUUUCCACAGACCAGCUUUGAGUUUCCGGACUGCACAAACGUCCUGGUUUAAGAACCCGGGACAUGUCAAACGGAAGCAUCUCAAAGGCAAGGAUGCCAAGGCUCUCUUCGAUUCAACCAAGUCACUCUCCCUGGCCGAUAACUCUAGCGUCUUGCUAGUGGAGUAUUCUGAGGAGGUUCCCAUGGUGCUCUCCAACUUCGGCAUGUGCAACCGGUUCAUCAAUUACUACCGAAGGAAGAACCCAGAAGACCCCACUCGCCCGAAGGCAGAAAUUGGUGAAACUGCGGUCUUGCUCCCGCAAGAUAAAAGUCCUUUCUCUAUCUUCGGGCAUGUUGACCCCGGUGAGAUUGUCCCAGCAAUCUCCAACUCAAUGUACCGGGCGCCAUUGUUUCCGCAUCAAGCCAAGUCGACCGAUUUCCUGGUCAUUCGCAGUACGACUGGCUCGAUGGGCAUGAGUUACUACAUCCGCAACAUUGAGAACUUCUUUAUCGCUGGACAGCAGUUCCCAUCCGUUGAUAUCCCUGGCCCACACUCACGCAAAGUCACCACCGUCGCUAAGAAUCGAAUGAAGAUGCUCGUCUACCGACUUCUUAAGAAGAGUUCGGACGAACGACUUGCAAUCUCUGAUGUCACGGCCCACAUACCUGGUACAACAGACAUGCAGAAUCGGCAAAAAGUCAAAGAUUUCUUACAGCACGACAAGGAUACCAAGUACUGGAAACCUUUGGAUCCCGUCCUCCCUGAUCAAGACACCAUCCGGUCUUGGGUUCAGCCAGAGGAUGUUUGUCUGCUAGAGUCUAUGCAGGUCGGCCAACAACAUCUUCACGAUACCGGUUUUGGCAACGACGCUGAAAAUGGCAAUGAGAAUGACGAGGACGAGGAAAGCGAGAGUUUCGAACAACUGAUGGCUCCUUGGAAGGCAUCGCGCAACUUCUUGCUGGCUUCCCAGGGCAAAGCCAUGCUCAAACUUCAUGGCGAAGGUGAUCCCACCGGUCGUGGUGAAGGUUUCAGUUUCAUCAAAACCUCGAUGAAAGGUGGUUUCAAGGCUAUUGGUGAAAGUGUUGAGGAUAAGCUUGACGCACAGAGGCUUAAGGAGCUCGGCGGUCAUAGCUAUAACGUCGCACGUCAACAAAAGUCAUACGAAACCUCCAUCCGCCGAAUUUGGGAUGCCCAAAGGGCAAGUCUGUCCUCCACUAUUGAGCACUCGGACGAAGAAAGCGACGUCGAUCGAGGCGACAUGGAAGAGUUCAGCAAGCCUACCCCACGAUCUGAAGCUCCGACACCUGCGCCUACCCGACGAUACGAUGAUGAAACAACCAGUCAGUUCAGUCGGAUGAGUUUCACGAGUCAGAAAGGCAAGGUCCUGCGCAUCACCCGCCAAUUCAAGGCCCCCAACGGUGAAAUCUUGGAGAAAGAACAACUCGUCUGGGACCCGCGCGUCAUCAGACAAUACAUCCAGCACCGUCACCGCUCCGAGGCUCUCACCACCAAACUGGAAUCUCUCCAACCAACCGGUGACCCCGAGGUUGACGCUCGUAACCGCAAAUUGAUCGAGGCCGAACUAAGCCGUCUGAACCGAAACAAGGAACGUCGUUUCGCGCGCGAGAAGCAAAAGGGCAUCUCUCGUGCUGGGGAGUCUCCUGCGGAUGGUAAACCUGCCGGAACACAACGCAAGUGCGCCAACUGCGGCCAGGUCGGACACAUCAAGACGAAUAAGAAGCUUUGUCCUCUGCUGAACGGUACGAUGAAGCCGGAGGAUCGGGUAACAGACUCGGCAUUCUCCAUGAGUGCACCUAUCAUCUAA